UCUGAAGACCCCUAUCCCCCUAUGUACAGCAUAAAAGAGUUAACAAAAGUUUCUUUGAAAUUUUACGGCAAAGCAAGAAUAUUUUUUCAAUAAUUCUUCAUUUGUUUCACUUUCACUCCAUAUUUUGGUGGCGAUUGUUGAUAGCUUGAUUGUUAAAACGAAACAAAACAAUGCUAUGAGGAAAUAGUUUUUGAGCAUAUUAAUGUGUUUUUUAUUAGUGUAAAACGUAUAAGUAACUUGACAUUUGAGUGAUACCUCAGUUACCUAGUUGAGAGAAAAUAUGGCUGAUAAUAUUGUGCCCAUCAAAAGACCAAGGCCAGCCGACGGCGAAGAAGAGCUUUUGCAGAUGCAAAGAGAUUUCGAGGAAAAAAAGCUGCUUCCCUGCGUUCAAGUGGUGGAUAAACGAGCCACAGCCCCUUUGGCAAAGAAACAAUCAAAAUUUGCUCGAGACAGACAAGCUGAGGCCGAAAAAAAGAGAAUAUGUACUAGUCAGUUUUGCGGUAGUGUUACAAAUCAGGAUGCAGAAGAACUUGAUGCAUCUAUGGUUGACAAAAAGAUUGAUCCCAUUCAUAACUAUACAGAACUUCCAGUAAAUUUCAUACUAGGAAACGUAGUUGAGAGGAAAUCGGAUACGUCGGAAUUUAAGUCAGAAAUUGGGAAAAACUUGGAAGAUAGCUUGCAUACAGGAUUCCCAGCUGUAUUUAUAUCUCCAGAAACGUUGGAGGACACAGAUUCCAAAAAAAGUCUUUUUUUACGUUCAAUCUCAAAGCAGUGCUACGAGAAAGAAAUAUCGUUAAGCGAUCUGGGAAAACCAGGAACAAAAUCAACUUCCAGUCAUAUUGUAUCAGGACCUUGGGCUCAAGAAAUCCAUGAGGAAAACGUGGAGAAAUUAAAAGGAAUGAGCCAAGAAGAAAUCUUGGCAGAGAAAAAAAAUCUUGAAGCUAUGCUGAAUCCUGAAACCAUAUCUUUCAUAAAAUCAAUAAAAGAAUCAAGAAAUCAAUUAAAAGAUAAGAUAUUUAGUAUUGGUAAUUGUAAAGACAUGGAAAUAGACGAAAUGCAGCCAAGUGCCUCAAAGCACAAUCAAAAAAUAGAUUUUGAUGACAAAAGCGUCUCUCACUUAUUAGACAAUAAAAUGGAUAUAGAUUCAGAAGCUACUAAAAAUUUAGAAUUACCUGAACCUGUAGUAGAUAUAGUCAAAGAUGCAGUUGAAAAAGGCUGGGUACACAUGGAUGACGUUGAGCCUGAAAAAGUAAAAUGGAUGGAAGACUUGUCGCAAAAGGAAGAUAAGACACAACCAACGGCAGAACCAUAUAAUGCACGCUUUGAUUUCCACGGAACUCUUCUUCCUUUUAACGAUGAGAGUCUGACGGUUGAUAAGGGUCUUCAUCAUCACGGUGAGGAGCCCGAGCGACCAGGAUAUUCUCUUCAAGAGUUGCUUCAACUGAGUAGAUCAGCAGCUCAGCAGCAGCGCUGCACUGCUCUAACUACCUUGGCCCAUAUAUUGGAAAAAACUCAUUUGGGUUGGUACGAUAGAGCAUUGCAGCCGUCCCUCUUACAAACUCUUAAUCAGAAGAAUGCACUGCUUCUUUUGCGCUUUUCUUUGGAUGAUACCGCAUUACCUGUAGUCACAGCAGCACUUCAAGUUCUGAGAGCUUUUAUUUUUUCCGAAACUGACGAAAUUUGUUUGGAUAAAACAUUCGGCCUUGAAGAUUUCGAUGAACCGAUCUUGAAGCCCUCCAUACAAGAUGUAGAUGAUGUCCAAAGUUUAAAAGAUCACGAACUAGUACAAUUCGAUUCAGUUGCUGCUUUGAUGCGUUCGGAUAUUGUAAUUAGAAUCAGGUACAUUUUAAAUGAAAUGCAACUCCCUUUGGCAGGACUAACUGCAGCUUUGGAAAUAUUGGCAAGGCUUGCCAGGCAUUCUCGCGAAACUGCGCUGAAUAUUGCGUGCACGCCGGAUCUGUUAGAUAUUAUAGUCAACAAAUGCAUACCAUUUUCUUUAAAUCAACCUGUGCCAGAUCGUGAUUCUAGCAAGCCUUACGGAUGUCCACUCGCAGCAGCAAUUCGUUUAGGUAGAAUUUUGAUUAUCUAUGCUGGACGACCAGUCAUUGAAAGGUUGAAAAACUUGAAAAUUGUUAAUUCAUUGAUCAACUACGUUACCAGCGACGCCACUCGACAAGAAGUUCGCUUGCACAUCGAGAGCUUACGACUAUGGCGUCUAUUCCUACAUUACGGAGUUGAAACCGACAGUGUAACAGGCGCAAGACUGACUCUGAUCUCGCAGCUUAAGAUUUUGUCUUGUACACUUGAUGUUAACGAGUCUACCUCGCCUUUGAAGUACGACUACGCUGCUGCGCUGAUAGCUAUCGCAAAAUAUGACGAGGCGCUCAAGGAGCACGUAGCUAUUCUGUUAGCUAAGUGGAGCACUCAGCUGUCGAGGAUCUCUUCACCCACGUGGAAUCACACGGUUUUAGUUUCCGAGUGCAUAAGAGCGCUCGACAACAUAUCAUUUUUAGAAAGAUCUUGGCUCAAUAAGUCAAGCAUGUUUUCCCAAUUAAGUGUUGAUUGCAGUGCAUCUUCCAAUUUGUUGAGUAAUCUUGAUCCAGCAAGCGAUCGAGAUCCAUCAUCACUACCAAGUCUCGGUGUUAUGACAUAUGAAGGACAGUUGCAGCCUAUCAUGGAUCAAAAAUCAAAAAUCGUAUUGUUAAGGACCAUGUUCGAAUAUGCUUUAAAGAGUUCCUAUGAAGGGGACGUGAAAAAAAUAUUCGAAUCCAAAAAUUUCCAGAAAUAUCUAAAAAAAUUAAAAAGCAGCGACUGGUCGUUGGAAAGGUCGUGGUUCACUCGUAUCGAAUACUCUCUUUUGGUAGCGGUAAUCCAAGCGGAAAAUCAUUUCAAGAUUGUUCAGAAAACAGAGCUCGGUGAUACGAUAUGGAAGAUCGCCAUCAAGUUAAUAUCUGCCCUACCGGCAGACUGUCCUCUGAGCGUCCGCGACAUUUUAGUUUACAGUCUAUUACCAGAACGUGUAAAUCUACGUCUUCUCGAGAGUAAAUUGGAAGAUUUAGGCUUGAGCGAGAAAUUGAAGGACCUCGAAACCCUGGGUAACCCACACCUAGCGGUCCAGCUGUACGAGAAAUACGUGAGUCCAAACGGCAGUUGGUCCGAAGCAGCCAUGCCAAAAGACUGGAUAUAUCUGCCUCUCGUUAGCGCGUACACGCAAAUGCGAAAAGAGAAGGCCUGGCGUUACUCACAGACCUGUGACAUUCUGCAACUUCUCAAGCUUGAGCUUAUUAUGCCAGAAUUGACGCAAAAUCUACCUGUACAUCUAAGAUUCAGCAGAUUACUUUUAUUGUACUUAUGCGACGAUGUAUUCAUACACGCGCCAAAGUGCGAGCUGUCUCAGAAAGUGUUUUCGCAAUUAGUAAAAGUAAAUUACAAGAAACUCGAUCUAGCGGCCGACGUACCAGGCCUUAGCUCAUUCACGGAUCUAUUCACCGCGCUAUGCGAGAAUUUUGCAGCCCACUCGUACGGCGUGGAUAUUUUCGCUCAGGUCCUGUUAGUUUUCGUUGCUCAACGCUUCGACAUCCAUUACCGCAAACUCCUCUGGUCCGAGCACGCUGGCGUUAUCCGUUACUGCAGCGUGCAGCCUCAGGAUUUCUACCUACCUUUCGAUGAAGAGUAUCUAUUUCCGUUGGAAAAGGACGCGUCCCUCAUCGAGACAUACAUCACCGCACUCGUACGGAACACAGUGCGCGAGGAACAGUCUCCUGGCCUUUACCGAGUGGCAUUGCAUCACGCUGCCAUGUAUCUCAAAGAGACGUCAAAACUUGCCACAGUAAUGAGGUCGAGGAUCGAGAAGUUGCUCAUUGAUGAGAGGAUGAGGAACAUUGGGCAAAAAUUGCUGAACUACGUGCCACCUCCGCUUCCACUGGGUGCCCAACUGUUUAAGUAGUAACUUGAAGUAGAUUUAUACCUUUGUUGUUGUAAUGAAUAACCAAAUGAAAUUCAUGCAGUGAAUUAGUAUUUUUGAAUGGAUCUGGAUGAUGACGUGAGUUAAAUUUUUUUUUUUUUUUUUUUUUUUUUUUACAAAAAAUAUACUUUACAUGCAAUUUUCACCUUUGAACAUACGGCACCUUCUGUGUUUAAAAAAUCGGGAUUUAAAUUGAAUCCAUAAUUGUAUAUUAUUAACGGGUGUAGUAUAUAACAUUGCAUGCUUUGUAUUGAAACAUUGGCAGGAAAUUGAUAAAAUAUACAUAUAUAUUUUGUUCCCUAAAUCGCUGUUUUUAUUUUCAUGAAUUUUUAAAU